AUGUGUUUGUGCAUGCGCCCAUGAAUGUGUGUGUAUAUAUAUAUGUAUAUGUAUAUAUGCAUACAUAGAUAUAUAUGUGUGUGUGUAUGUGUAUGAACUAUGUGUUUGUGUAUAUGUCCAUGAAUGUGUGUUUAUAUAUGUGUGUGUAUAUGAUGUGUGUGUGUGUGUCCCUGAACUACAAUUCUAAACAGAGUUGAACUACUUAUGGGUGAUGCAGCUAACAUUCUAAACUGACUUUUGAUUCUCCCUUCUCACAGGUUUUCUGAAUCUCAUAACCAGUCAGGGCAGCUUCUAGUUGGUCACUAAGCGUACAGGGGUCCAGUGGUAGUAGUGGUCAGUCAUAAUCCUCUGGGACAAGCCACCAAGGAGCAAGGAAAUUCAUACAUAACAUUUGAUCCCAUUACAUUGCUUCAGCUCUGACUAGGACUGAUUCACGGCCUCCCCGCUGCCUGGUGGAACCCAGGAGCUCCGCGUUGCCCCUCUUGGUUGCUAUGUGUGCUCUCCCAUGCUAGGCUAUGGAGGUGGUGAAGGAGCAGCCCGUCCAGCCAAGCAUAUAUGCAGUGCCUACAGAAGCAAGAUGAGGGCAUCAGAUUCCCUGGAACUGGAGUUCCAGAUGGUUCUGAGUUGCCACAUGAAUGCUGAGAAGUGAACCCAGCUGGGUCCUCUGAAGGAACGUCAGCUUUCUGUUGCUGUAACAAAAAUCCCUGAUAUAAAAAGGAGGAAAGGCAACCUUCUUGCUCCCACAAUGAGAACCACUGUAUUCUACUAUGUCUUCACAGCUUGACAGAUGGCAUUUUAAACUAGCUGCCCAGAAGUUAAAUCUGUCAUCUAAGAAGAAGAAACACCGGCCGUCGACCCCGUCUGUUGCGGAGGCUCCCCUCUUUGCCACCAGCUUCAGUGGGAUCCUGCAGGCCUCACCUCCCCCGGCCCCGCCCUGUCUCCUGAGGGCUGUCAACAAGGUGAAGGACACUCCUGGCAUGGGCAAGGUGAAAGUCAUGCUGCGUAUCUGUUCCGCGUCGGCCCGAGACACCUCAGAAUCCAGCUCUUUCCUGAAGGUGGAUCCACGGAAGAAGCAGAUCACCUUGUACGACCCCCUGACCUGUGGAGGUCACAAUGCCUUCCAAAAAAGAAGCAGCCAGGUCCCUCCCAAGAUGUUUGCCUUCGAUGCGGUUUUCCCACAAGAUGCUUCUCAGGCUGAAGUUUGUGCUGGAACCGUGGCCGAAGUCAUUCAGUCUGUGGUGAACGGGGCAGAUGGCUGUGUGUUCUGUUUUGGCCAUGCCAAGCUGGGGAAAUCCUACACCAUGAUCGGAAGGGAUGACUCUAUGCAGAACCUGGGAAUUAUUCCAUGUGCUAUUUCUUGGCUGUUCAAGCUCAUCAAUGAACGCAAAGAAAAGACAGGGGCCCGAUUCUCAGUCCGGAUCUCAGCCGUUGAGGUGUGGGGGAAAGAGGAGAACCUUCGAGACCUGCUAUCUGAAGUGGCCACAGGCAGCCUACAGGACGGGCAGUCCCCGGGCGUGUACCUCUGCGAGGACCCCAUCUGUGGCACACAGCUGCAGAACCAGAGUGAGCUGCGAGCCCCAACCGCAGAGAAAGCUGCCUUUUUCCUGGACGCUGCCAUUGCCUCGAGGCGAAGCAACCAACAGGAUUGCGACGAGGAUGACCACCGCAACUCCCACAUGCUCUUCACCCUGCACAUCUACCAGUACCGGAUGGAGAAGAGCGGGAAGGGCGGAAUGUCUGGGGGUCGCAGCCGACUGCAUCUCAUCGACCUCGGCAGUUGUGUGAAAGCUCUCAGCAAAAACAGAGAAGGAGGCUCGGGGCUGUGCCUCUCACUGUCUGCCCUGGGCAACGUCAUCCUGGCUUUGGUCAAUGGGAGCAAACACAUCCCAUACAAGGAGAGCAAGCUCACCAUGCUUCUGAGGGAGUCUCUGGGGAACGUGAACUGUCGCACCACCAUGAUCGCACACAUCUCGGCCGCGGCCGGCAGCUACGCGGAGACCCUGUCCACCAUCCAGAUCGCAUCAAGAGUCUUAAGGAUGAAGAAGAAGAAGACUAAGUACACAUCCAGCUCCUCUGGGGGAGAAAGCUCCUGCGAGGAGGGCAGGAUGCGCAGGCCCACCCAGCUGAGACCCUUCCAUGCCCGGGCUCCAGUGGAUCCAGAAUUCCCCCUCGCCCCACUGUCCAGUGAUCCCGACUACUCCUCCAGCAGUGAGCAGUCCUGUGACACCGUCAUCUACAUCGGGCCCAACGGCACAGCCCUGUCCGACAAGGAACUUACUGACAACGAGGGCCCCCCAGACUUUGUGCCCAUUGUGCCGGCCCUACAGAAGACCAGAGGUGACAGCCGGCCCGGGGAGGCAGCAGAGUCUGCGGCCAGCAAGUCAGAAAGGGACUGCCUGAAGUGCAAUACGUUUGCCGAGCUACAGGAGAGACUGGAUUGCAUAGACGGCAGUGAAGAACCCAACCGAUUUCCCUUCGAAGAGCUGCCCGUUCAGUUUGGGCCAGAGCAGGCUGGCAGAUGUACUUCUUUAAGCCAAGCAGCGGGCCCAGAUACACUCUCUGAGUCUGAUAAGGAAGAUAACGGGUCAGACAAUGGCCAGUUGACCGAGAGGGAAGGCUCAGAGCUUCCAACCUCCAAGGUGCAGCCGAUUCGGUCGCCUGGGCCUACAGUGACAGGCAGCAGCAGCCCCAGUCCAGCCUCACCACGGAGCAUCCCAGGCAGCAGUAGCCAGCACAGUACCUCCCAGCUCACACAGAGCCCCAGUCUCCAGAGCAGCCGGGAGAGUCUGGACUCGUGCGGCUUUGUGGAGGGCAAGCCCAGACCCAUGGGCUCCCCGAGGUUAGGCAUUGCCAGUCUAUCCAAGACCUCAGAGUACAAACCUCCCAGCUCUCCCUCUCAGAGGUGCAAAGUCUACACCCAGAAGGGGGUCCUGCCCUCCUCUGCCCCACCACCUUCCCUGAGCAAGGACUCUGGCAUGGUCUCCAGCGAGUCCUUGCUUCAGCCUGAUGUGCGUACUCCCCCGGUUGGAAUGAGUCCCCAGGUUGUGAAGAAAUCCAUGUCCGCUGGGAGUGAAGGGUUUCCCGAACCCCUAGUUGGAGGAGAGCACCAGGGAGGCCCUCCUGCAGACUCAAAGAAGGAGAUUCUGAGUACCACCAUGGUGACCGUGCAACAGCCUCUGGAGCUGAACGGAGAGGACGAGCUGGUCUUCACACUCGUGGAGGAGCUGACCAUCAGCGGGGUACUCGACAGCGGGCGCCCCACCAGCAUCGUCAGCUUCAACAGCGACUGCUCCGUGCAGGCCCUGGCCUCAGGCUCCCGGCCCGUCAGCAUCAUCAGCAGCAUCAGUGAGGAUCUGGACUGCUACUCCAGCAUGGCCCCCGUCUCGGAGGUGAGCAUCACACAGUUCCUGCCGCUCCCCAAGCUGGGCCUGGAGGAGAAGGCUCAGGAAGCAGGUAGCCGGCGUUCCUCCAUCAGCUCGUGGCUGAGCGAGAUGAGCGCGGGCAGUGACGGAGAGCAGUCGUGCCACAGCUUCAUAGCACAGACGUGCUUCGGGCACGGGGAAGCCAUGGCUGAACCGCCCCCAGCCUCUGAGUUUGUCAGAGGCAUCCAGAACGCGGCGCCGGCGGCAGCGACAGCGGCAGUGGUGUGCAGAGAGAAGACCGAGGUGGGCCCUGACAACCUGCUCAUCCUGUCUGAGAUGGGGGAAGAGUCUGUUAACCAAGCCACUCCCAUCAAAGGCUGCAAAAUCUCUACCGUGGGCAAGGCCAUGGUCACCAUCUCUAACACUGCCAGUCUGAGCAGCUGCGAGGGGUAUAUCCCCAUGAAGACCAACAUCACGGUUUACCCCUGCAUUGCCAUGAGCCCCAGAAACGUGCAAGAGCCUGAGCCCUCCACUGCCGCUCCAAAGGCAAGCCCCAAAACAUCUCAGUUCCAGGAGAGCAAGGAAACCAGUACAAGGAGGGAGAUGAAAUUUGAGGAUCCCUGGCUUAAACGAGAAGAGGAAGUGAAAAGGGAGAACACUUACUCAAGCGAGGAAGGGGUGAAGUGUGAGACAAGCUCCCCGAAGACUGAAGGUAAGUCAGAGCAAGAACUGGAUAGCAGGCCUGGCUCAGGCAACAGGCUAAGCAGCAGCAGCUUGGAGGCAGCCACCUUUCAAGUGACCGACAACAUUAGGAGGGUUGUGGAUGGCUGUGAGAUGGCCCUGCCUGGCUCGGUGGCCCAGAGUCCCCUCCAUGCCAACAGAAACCUAAAGUCAAGCAGCCUCCCAAGGGCAUUUCAGAAAGCCGACAGGCACGAGGAGCUGGACAGCUUCUACCAUUGCUUGGCAGACAGCAAUGGCUUCAGUGCUGUCCCGGGCAUCCAGUCCUCGAAGACAACCCUGGAGAGGAAAGUAGCUUCACCCAAGCAUUGUGUCCUGGCAAGACCCAAAGGGACCCCGCCUCUGCCUCCUGUCCGCAAGUCUAGCUUGGACCAGAAGAACAGGGCCAGCCCUCAACACAGUGCUGGUGGCAGCAGCACCAGCAGCCCCCUGAACCAGCCAGCUACCUUCUUGGCUUGCUUCCCUGAGGAGUCCAACAGCAAGACUAAGGAUGCCAGUAGCAGCAGUAAGCUCUUCAGCGCCAAGCUGGAGCAGCUGGCCAGCAGAACCAACUCUCUUGGCAGGACAACAGUCAGCCACUAUGAAUGCUUGUCGUUGGAGAGGGCCGAAAGCCUGUCGUCCGUAAGCUCCCGCAUGCAUGCCAGCAAAGACAGUACCAUGCCCCGCACUGGCAGGAGCCUGGGUCGCAGCACAGGAGCCUCGCCACCCAGCUGUGGCAUCACCCAGUCUGCAGGGGCCUCUCCCAAAGCCAGCCAGUCUAAGAUCUCAGCGGUGAGCAAACUCCUGCUGGCCAGCCCUAAAUCCCGCAGCAGCCUGUCCACCUCGACCACCAAAACCCUCAGCUUCUCCACCAAGUCCCUGCCGCAGUCUGUGGGCCAGAGCUCCAACCUACCGCCCAGCGGGAAACACAUGUCCUGGUCCACGCAGUCGCUCAGCAGGAACCGGGGCUCUGGGCUGGCUUCCAAACUGCCUUUAAGAGCCGUCAAUGGGCGCAUCUCGGAACUGCUCCAGGGCAGUGCGGGCCCGAGGGGUGCACAGCUUCGGGCAGAGGCGGAGGAGCGCAGUGGGGCCCCCACGGAGGAAAAGCCCGCAGCCGCCCACCUGCUGCCCUCGCCCUACAGCAAGAUCACCCCUCCGAGGAAGCCGCACCGCUGCAGCAGUGGGCACGGUAGUGAUAACAGCAGCGUCCUGAGCGGGGAGCUGCCCCCUGCCAUGGGGAAGACUGCCCUGUUCUACCACAGCGGCGGCAGCAGUGGCUAUGAGAGCAUGAUGAGAGACAGCGAGGCCACCGGCAGCGCAUCCUCGGCCCAGGACUCCAUGAGCGAGAACAGCAGCUCCGUGGGAGGGAGGUGCAGGAGCCUCAAGACCCCAAAGAAGCGGUCCAAUUCAGGUUCCCAGAGACGGAGGCUCAUUCCAGCAUUGUCUCUUGAUACCCCCUCGCCUGUGAGAAAAACAGCCAGCAGCACAGGGGUCCGCUGGGUGGACGGCCCCUUGAGGAGCACCCAGAGGAGCCUUGGGGAACCAUUUGAGAUCAAAGUCUAUGAGAUUGAUGACGUUGAGCGUCUACAGCGACGUCGGGGAGCUACCAGCAAGGAGGUCAUGUGCUUCAAUGCCAAGCUGAAAAUCCUAGAACAUCGGCAGCAGAGAAUCGCUGAGGUCCGAGCCAAGUACGAGUGGCUGAUGAAAGAGCUGGAGGCGACCAAACAGUACCUGAUGCUGGACCCCAACAAGUGGCUUCGUGAAUUUGACUUGGAACAGGUCCUGCAGCUGGAUUCCCUGGAGUACCUAGAGGCACUGGAGGGAGUGACAGAGCGCCUAGAGAGCCGUGUCAACUUCUGCAAGGCCCAUCUCAUGAUGAUCACCUGCUUUGACAUCACCUCCAGGCGUCGGUAAGGACCGAUGGGCUCCGAGCCAUCAGUCCCCCUGUCCCCAGGACUUCAGCAGGACACCGCCCUCCCAGGCCCCUCUGUGCUGGCAACACUCAAGACAACAGGACGAGGAUGAAGGUUGGUAGCAAGUCUGGAGUGAGCGUGGAGCGAAAGGCGAUGUUUCCUUUGUUUGCUGUAGGAAAGGAAGGUACAGACACCAACAUGUGGAAGGAGAAAAUGAUGGGAAGCCCCGUGGGACUGAGAAAGCACUUUGAGGAACCUUGAAGAACUCUGUACAUAGGACCGCUAGCAAAGAGACUCUUACCUUGCGGCUGUGAGAAAGGGGAGGGUGACGUGGGAUUACCAUGGAAAGCGAAACACCAACAAGACGACCCAGAAUGAUGGAUUAAGUGCCUUGCAAAUCUUUAUGAUUAUCCAAACAUUUGUGUUCGUACUUUCUUGUGUCCAGAUGGUGCUAGUCAAGAAGAAAAUCAACAAAACAGAAAACUCAACCCAGUUUUUGAAAUGUAUCUACGGCUUGUUUUCUCAUGUUUCUGAUUUGCUGUUUUGUUUCCGAGAAGUUGUGUUUGUAGUGAUGUCUCCUAAUCCGUAUUGCAGCUGAAUAAAUGUUACCUGUCUUUCAUGGCUAUUCUGGUAAGGCCCCUCAGAAUGGAAAUCACAUUGGCGUGAGCUGGUGUGUUUCCCAGGGAGGUUCGGAAGGACAGGUGAUAGGAGAUGCCACCUUCCAUAAACAGCAGGUCAGCUGGCAGACCCAGGGUCAGGCAUGGAAGGGGCGCACAUGAGCUUUAGUGACAAGGAAAGGAUGUCUUUAAGGGAAAGAGUGACCUGAGCCCCUGUUUCUGUUUGUUUCGUGUGCUCAUGGCUCUUGAUACAAACUCAUGUUCCUUUCUAAUCCAAAGACUCUGGGUGGGAAUCUUGAACGACUCCAGCAGAGUCCCAUUUCUUUGUUUUCUGUGGUGUAGCUGAUCCAGGGUGGGGCUGUCUGCAUUGCGACUCUCUGGGCUCACACAGGCAUCGGGUUGUGUCGCUUUCUGCCACCCAGAGUCCUGUCCAGUAGUAAGAGGCCAACUCUCCCCUGUCCUAAAGCCUCUGUGGCUUGUCCCUGCCACCUUGGUAUCCUGAGGCAGAGAGAGGAACCCCAUCCCUAAAUUCCAGACUCUACAUACAUAGGGCAGAGUGGAGAUCUAGAUCUUGCUUCCCCCUAAAACUGAGGACUUUAUUCUCAAAUUACCCACUUCUUUCAGGAUUGUUGGACCACGUUAGGGAUAUAGGACCGAGGCAUAGAAUGGCCAGGCAGUCUACAGGCCCCUGGAACAAGAAUUCCCCUCUCUCCCAGAGCCUUGCAGUCUGCCUGUGCAAACCCAAGCUCGGGGGUUCGGAGAGAGGACUCAGAAUCCUCACCCUCUCUGUGGGAGAGGGCCAGCCCCACUCACCCACUCCUCGACCCCAGAUGCUCCCCAAGGAGAAAGAACUUUGUAUUUCUGAAUCAGCCCUUUUGCUGGACACCGGAUUCCCAGCACAGCAUGGUGUGUGGUCAGCAGAACUCAUCACAGAGGAGUCUUGUGAGUGCCAUGGCACCUGAUCCUUCCGUCAGAACAGGGCACAGAUAAGACCACCGGCUUGACUGUCUCAGAGGUCAGCCUGGUGGACCAAAAGCUAACCCUGUGAGUCACAAGUCCUGCUUUGCACAUUCUUAGGCAAAAGGGUCCCAAGCUGCUGGCUGAAUGGCCUAAGCUCUGGAAUGGCCCGUUUCCCCUUGUGUGUAACUUCCAGCUUUAACAAGUGUGUCUCCUAGAGAAGCGGGGCCUUCUCAGAUCUUCCACAGCUCCACCCCAGUGCCAUUCCGCAGGAGUCCUGGGCUCAGGGCCCACCUCAGCCUCAUAACACAUGUGUGCAUGGGCCUGCUUAAGAGCCAUGUUCUUGGAAGCUUCUAUACCCACAGGGAUGCCAAUACUUUGAACAUCUGUUUUGAUUGCUGGUUUGAAAUAUACUUCUGGUUUUUUUGUUUUGUUUGUUUUUUUAGUGGAAGGCCUUGAUUUGGGAAACAUCUUUAAAAAGCAAGCACGCCUGGGUUUCUUUUCCGUGCUCAGGAGCAAAUGUAUUUGAUUUGUAAUCCAUGAGCUCGGCUUUGGGGCCUGCUGCCUUCUCCCUUAGCCCUGAGGUCAUCGGGCCCCAGUGAGUACGUCAGCAGGCCACCAACAAAGCCCAGUGCCUUUGCUGGAGUAAGACUGUGCUGACUCAUCUGUCCAGAGCAGACUCUCAGUCAGCAGGUUCUCCUGGGAGCGCCCCGACCCCUGCCUCCCACUCUGAUCUGCUUGCACACACUCCAAGCAUAGGCUUCAGCUUGGCCAUGUUACCAGGGUUACUUUACCAAGCCAGGUUAGCGUCCCAGGAGGACACAUCCACGGGACCCAGUGGUGCAGGGAGAUGUGUGUGUAGUAACGCACAUCUCUUGUCCAUUCUAAUAGCCACCCCACCCCCAAAGUAAACUUUAAACAUCUUCUUCUACCACACAGCUGUCUUUGCUGGUGCGCCUGUGCAGAACUCCUGCUCCCCGCCCCGCCUAUGAGCUGCCGAUGGGAGUACAGUUCUUCAGGCACCAAGAUGUAGUCCUGGCAUCUGAAGAUUGUGCCAGUGUGAGGUGGCUCCAGGCUGGGCUCGAGGAACAAGCAAAACAAACACAGAGGAACAAAGGGAUGGUUAAAGAACUCAUUUCUAACUCAUUAUCUGUCCAUAGAUGGCCCCAAAAUGUUUCCUUGAAAUUAACAUUUAGGUACCUAAUGCCUUAUUUAAAUUCUGUCCAUUCCCCCACAACUGCAGCUGAUGCUGGAUUUUACAAUCCUAAUAAAUCCGUAUAAAAGACACACAAUCCAGACAUUCUAACUAUAAGCCAUAUACCUAGACUGGCCAUAUCUAGAGCUACACUAACUUAUUCCCCACUAUUAGACCCCGUUACUUGAUGCUUCUCCUGGUACCUGGUUCUUGUCUAUGGCAGCUUCCUCCUCCACCAUCUUCUCUUCCUCCUCCCCCCCCCCCACCCCUGUCCUGUCCCAACCUUCAACUCCCUCUUGAGCUUCUAAGCCCCGCCUUUCCCCUCCACUGCCCAAUCGGAGGCUCUCACCUUUUAUUGACAGUAAAAUUGGGGAGGAGAAGGUUCACGUGGCAUCUCUUCAGUGUGUGAUGGUCUGGGCACCGCUUCCAGUGUUAGCAUUAGGAUACAAGCAGCACCAGGCCAACCCACCAGGUCUAGCCCUCCUUCGAAGAAUCUAGUGUGAGGUAGAAGCAUUUGCAGCCCAAGUAAAACUAAAAUCUGAAACAGGGGCACCAUUCUCCUUACCUCACCUCACCUGGGCCAGGGAACAGGCGUUGUUGCUCUGAGGGAGCCCGCAUUUGCUUUCAAUACUCGCCUAAGCGGUGGCAGCUUUGAUCUAAUCCCUGAACCCUUCUGGACACCUCAGGAAGCUGUCUCUAACUUUCCUCUCAGCAGAGUUGAAGCCCACAGAGCUCUCUUGUGGUUUCACCUUCAGUUGCUCUCCUGAAUUUGGAGAACCUAAGAUACAGUUUCAGAGACGGAUCUCCUAAUGACACGGCAAUGACCCAAGUAAUGACCCCCAGGCAGGAAGAUGGCUCCUGAGCUAGAGACCAGUGUACGGAACACCACACAGCACCAGGAAAUGGGGCAAAGGGUGGGCAGCAGGGAUGCUCAUCCAGUGGGAACCAGGUCCCAUUUGCCACAAAUCAGCUUUAAGCUGGGGGGUCUAACAUCCAGGAAGGAGCUUGCAUCCUCUGUAAGGAGGUGCUUUAAAAGGAUCUAACACUCAGAUUGUGCUCACUGCAAGGAGUUCCAGUCAAUCUUUGAGCAAGGAAAGCAUCUGCCGUGUGGGUGGGGAUCUCACAUCCUUGGGGAACAUCCGGCUUCUCUGGCCUUCAGAGUCUCAUGCUCCUUAUGGAUUAGGGUUCAUUCAUGUGCCUUCCUCAGAGCUUUGUAUUUCAAGCCUGCCAUCUGCCCUUGACUUCCUGGUGGAGAAGGUGAGGUUGGUAAGAGCCCACAAUUUGCUCAGUGCAAACAUGGCCUUUGCUGAUUUGAACAGAGUUCUUUGGGUUUCCUUAUUCCACCAAGAAUUCAAGUCUGUAAAAGAAAUUACUAAAAACGAUUUCUUUCCAAAAUCGAAAACAGAUUUCCUGAAUGUUGUUCUUUCCUUGGGACAUAUGCAAAAACAUUUCCUCCCUUUUAGGGUGGUUUAUCUUUAAAACCCAAAGCCAGGGUCUGUUAGAUACAUGUUGAAAACCCAGGGUUCUGUGAGUUGAUGCUGACUAAGCCAUCCACGGUCCUCGUCUUUACUGUCUCCCUGCCACUGCCCAGAUUCGGCCCAGGUUUCCUCAUCGAAAGGGGUGUGCUUAGUGCUAACACAUGUGUGGCAGUGGGAAAGGCCAACACAGCCCCCUGCUCUUCUCUGUGCCAAGUUAAACAGCUGAAGGCAAGUUUCACAGACAUGCUUGGUAAAUGGUUCUAAAUUUUUUCCCAAGUGAUAGAAAUAUAGCGUUCUUCCACCGUAUAGAGAUUACCACUCUCCUGGACGGCGUCUGUAACCUCUUUACAACAUUUCAGAGCUAUUUGUAAAAAUUCAUGAAUUGUACUGUUUAGCCAUCCUCCUGAUGUGUCAGACAGAAUAUAUUUCUGAAUGACAAACUGCAUUAUUUCCGUAAGAAUAAAAGCAGGUUUAUAACCCAGGAAACUUUCUUAAAUCCAAUAUAUCCUCUCCAAAAAAAAAAAAGUUUUGAAAAUUUCUAAGAGUUAAUUUAUCCAUUCCUAAACAACAAACACAUUCUACGUUGGGGUGGCCCUUUGCAAAACCUGAGGGGAUACCACAACGUUGGGCAUAGUGUGGCACUGUGGGAAGGGCUUAAUAUUCUCCACAUACAACCAUUACUGGUGUCCCAGGGAACUUGGCAUGUCAAUCCCAGAGUCUGCUUUAUGUACAGAGUCUCCUGCCGCCUUUCCCCACACUGCCAGCCUCCUACACUGCCAGGCUUGACUUAAAGAGACAUCAUUGAUUUGUCACCUCAGAAUGUUGUCCUGUCGCACCACUUGUGUUCCUAGAUCUAUUGAUGGGUCAUAGUCAGGAACGCCCUCCAUGUGUUCUGUGUUUGCUCAGUCCGUGUUUUGUCUUUUUCUUCUGUUGUUUUUUUUUUUCACUCCAGCAAAGUCUAUUAGCAGAGACAUGGGCCAGGGAAGAGCAGAAGGACACAGACAGGUGUGGGAUCUCAUCCUCAGAGUGCAGAACUUUGCUCUGAAUCUCAGCUGUCCCUCCAGCAAGCAAUGGGACUAAGACAAAGCUCUCCCUUUCAAGUUGGCAUGGCGGUCAACUUGGAAAUCAGGUUCCACAAGCCUUCAUAACAAAGGAUCCAGGCUCCUCCAACUGGGUCUCCACUCAGCCCCUGAGGAAAGUCUGACAGUAUUAAGUUCUACUCAUCCCCAAGACCCCCAAGUGGUCCUCACCAUGGAUAGAUGUUGUAGCUAUCUGUUCUUAAGAAACCAAAGCACUUUAGUGAGUCAUACAUCCCAUGAUACUUAUGGUGUGUGUCCCCUGAGAGGUGGAAGGGGCUUGGGCUAGGUCUCAUUCGAGGAGCAACCAGAGCUAGGAGGAAAAGCCUGGAGCCGGGAAGCAGGGAGCUGGGGCCAUAUCUGCACCACCACGAGCUGUGAACCUUGGGUGGGUCACUGCAUUUCACUGGGCCCCCUGUAGACGGUUGUAGGAAGGUCAUAAAAGCUACCCUCCUAGGAUCACAGAAAAGGAAGGAAAUAGGGUAACUGGUGGGACGUGCUCUGAAGAAAUCAGAAACCCUCUCCAGAGGUAAGGGAGGAUCAUCUGUAGACGAAGAAGUUGACAUGCAUAGUCACUGCCUGGCCAGGUUCACAGAACAGUCUCACAGCAGAACUGGGGCAUGAGCCCAGCCACCUGGACUGUCCCUGUUAGAGCACCUUUCACCCAGGGUGUGUACAUGAACAUGUGCUGCUCCUGUGGGCCAGUGUGUGCACAUACGUGGGUGUGUUUGUACAGGGGCUGUGCAACACAGAUGAACGUAGCAUGGAAACUCCGAGUCCUAAUUCCCCUUUUACAGUAGACCUAUCUGUGGCCUGGGGCACACCACCAACUCUUCUGGACCUCGGAUUUUCUAAGUUGUAUAUGGAGGACAUUGUGUGGUUCUUCCAGCUUUGGCUAUGAGAGCCCAUAACGGGUGAUGUAUGUAUGUAUAUAGCGAUAUGCUUAUCUGUAGAAACGGGCCCAUUGGGAAACUGGAGACAAGGCCUGCCCGAGUGCAUUGAUUUGCAUCAGAAUCGGCAACGCCACAAGUCCAUAAGCCUUCAUUUUCAGACUCGAUGGGAUGGUGGCAUUUGCCGUCAUUGUUUCAAAUUCACUGUCGAACUGGGUAGAGGAUUGGUGCUGUUUUCAAAACGAAGUUCUUAGCUCACAAGUGUUUGCUGUUAACUUUUUAAAACACGAGUCGUUUGUUCAAUAGUCAAAAUUUUAACUCUUCUGCCUCGGGCAGGUCCCCAACAGCCUGUUUUGCAGGCUGGGUUUUGUGUAUGGGCUUUUACAUAACUAUAUAAAAGUUAGCUGUUGGCUUGAUCACGGUAAAUAGGAACAGAUUGUCUGGAGAACAGUCCAGAGAAGAAUUGAAUUCUAUAGUUCUCGUCAACUGGUGACAUGAAACCAUUAAACUGUGUGCGGUUCCCUGGUGUGAAGAUGUUGUUCGCUGGCUACGGUCUCUGACUUUGUGGCAUAUGAGGUAUAAAAUGUUGUAAAAAAAAAAAAUCUGGUGUUUAAAAGAAUCAAACUAUGGUGGCAUUAAAUGUUCACUUUUAUUCUA